AUGGCGCUUUCAAAGCAAGACCCGCGUCUUGCGUUCUAUUGUGAGCAGGAUGACCACAUAUCUCGUCUUGUACGUCGCUAUGUCCUGCUGUUCUACUAUGAAGAUCGUUCCAUUGAGAUGAGGGAGUUGCCGAAGAACGUACCGCACCUCAAACGCACACCAUUUCCGCAUUUGAAGAAGGACGACUUCACCCUUGGCGCCGUAUUGACGAUAUUUGGUGGAAUUGUCACGCUCACUGCGUAUGCUGAUGAGGUAACACGAGAACUGUGCGAAAAGAAGAGUGAGAGUACUGUAGUGCUUUUUGGAGAAGCUCAGCUCCCGCAAGUGGGUCACUAUCUAGCUAUUCUCACGGAAGAGUGCGGUUUUACUAUUUCUUCUUUGCAGAUGGCUUGGGUGGAAGCCGACGCACCAGCCAGGUUUGGUCUGCCUGAGGAUCUUGUAGGAGGACGCGUCGUCGUGGCAAAAUGUGCCCGUAACGAUGCUAUUGAGAAGGGACUGGAUUAUGUAAAGCGAGCCACUGGGGCUCGCGCUGCGAGCAAUGAUGAGGAAGCGAAAGCGUGGUCCCAGAUUUUGCUUCAGGCGAGCCGCAACCCGGUUGCUGUUUUCGGUGACUACCGCUGCUCUGUAGUACUUGUGAAGCCGCAUGCUCUACGAGUUCAAGCCGGCGGCAGCAUCAUUCAGCGGUUCAUCGACGCCGGGCUUGAGAUGACUGCUUUUGUGCUUGCUGAACUCUCCUCUCGCGUCGUUGACGAGUUCCUUCAGCCGUACAAAGGAGUCCUCCCUGACUUUGGAGCGACUUCGCACGCAAUGGCUGGUCCCGUGUGGAUUGUUCAGUUUGUGUCACUAGACGAUGAUGUCGACGUUGUAUCAUUGACGCGUGAGAUAUGUGGCCCCUUUGAUCCUGCCAUAGCAAGGGCGAUUCGGCCCAAGUCGAUCCGCGCGGUAUUUGGUGUGGAUCGUGCACAGAAUGCUGUGCAUUGUUGUGACCUCCCGGAGGAAGGACCCCUCUACACGGAUUUUUUCUUCAAACCGAGAGAUGUAGAGAAUGAAUAA